CAUAGCAAACAACAUGGCGGCGCCUGAAAGCGACGAGCGAGCCAGCAAACUCGAAUUCUCUCUGGACGUUCCGUUCCCGUCGUCACGCGAGGCCGCCGUCGCUCUGCACUCGCUGAGUCCCGACCGCGAGCCCCGACGCGGAGGCGUCCACAAGCGGCUGACGCUCGUCGGAAGCGUCUUGACAGCCAAGUGGCGCGCCGACGAAGCUCGCGUCCUGCGGGUGUCCGUCAACUCCUUCCUGGAGCACCUUGGUCUCGUCCUGGAAACCAUGCACGCGUUCCCCACCGAAGAACAAGUCUGCGAGGAUCACGACCAGUCUCCUCACACUCGGCCUCGUCGUCUUGAUCAAAGUGGACCUUCAAACGGCACACCAGAGCUGGCUGGCCCUUGUUGA